AUGGUUUUGGUAAUUAACCAGAAUAUUUUUUUUAUUGUCAUGGAUAAUAAUUGGUACGAUCAAUCACAAUGGCAAAAUUAUUCCCAACAAGGAAAUGCUUAUGAUUAUAACACUUAUUCAAAUAAUGAUAAUAAUAUGUUUGGAGGAAAUAUGUUUAUUCCAUCUCAGCCAAUGGAACAAAAAAACACCAAUUAUGAUGAUAUAGAAAAUGAACCACCACUUCUUGAAGAACUAGGAAUAAAUUUCGAUCACAUAAAACAAAAAACAAUGUCUGUAUUAAAUCCUCGUGGAAGUUCAACGGCUGAUGUUAUCAAUGAUCAAGAUUUAGCUGGACCUCUAGUUUUCUGUCUUCUUUUUGGUUUUUCAUUGUUACUUCAUGGAAAAAUGCAAUUUGGUUUUAUCUAUGGUAUGGGUGGUAUAGGAACAAUAGGAAUGUAUCUGUUACUCAAUCUUAUGGCUGAACCAGAUUCAAAAAUAUCUUUUACUUGUACGGCUUCAGUGCUAGGUUAUUGCCUUCUUCCAAUGGCUUUGUUAUCUCUUGUUGCUGCUGUUUUGACUUUACAAGGAACUAUUGGUUAUGGAAUGUCAGCUGCAGCAGUUAUUUGGUGUGCAUCACAAUCUUCUAAAUGGUUUACAAUAGCUUUAAAUAUGCAUGAACAAAGAUUUCUCGUGGCUUACCCAUGUACUUUGUUGUAUGGUGUUUUUGCUCUUCUUGCCAUAUUUUAA